CUGAAGAAUUAACAUCGUAUACGAGCAGCUUUAGGCUACCGGUAAAAAGGGAACGAAACGAAGAAGAAAAAGAUUUCACCAGCGUAAAAGAUGCGGAGAGUGGAAGUUCUGAGCGCGUACAGGGCGGUGUUGAAAGCCACUCGAAAAUCAUUCGCCGGCGACAGUCAAAUGCUGAAAGGAUCUGCGGCGGAGGUGCGGAAGCAGUUCGAGGACAACAGGAAUGUCACCUCCGAAGCGGAGAUCCAGAAGCUUCUAGCAGAGGCCAACGAGGCCUCCGAUUUCAUCACUAACAUGAUCGUCCAGGCAAAGCUCAAUCCUGACGCUGGCAGUUACGUAGUGAAGCCUGGUAAAGAACAUGCAGGAGCGACCUUUGAAAUUCCUUCAGAAGAAAUUGUUCGGAAGUCAGGAUAAGGACAUAAGUGAGGAGGUUAGAACGGAAUGUUCUCCCUUCCCAAUUGUUUAUUUUUGGUUAGAAGCAAUAAGUAAUGUUUCUAGUGCUUGGAUCGAUUGAAAUUUUUGCUUAGAUUUUCUUUUGUGGUAGUUUUAGUCUACCUUGUAACGUGUUGUAUGAUUGUGCAAUAUAACCCACCUCUUUGUUAACCCGUUUCAUCUGAAAUUCCUAUAUUUUAUACUCA